UCGAAACUCAAAUCGCGAUGGGAGAGCGUCGGGUCAGCAGUGUCACUCUGACUUAGCACCCAUGUACACGAGUCGAGCGGUGCCGGCUCCUACACAACUAUCGUAACUAAUAGAAAAAAAAAACUUUAUUAAAAAAAAGGUUUAUUAACAACCAGUGGAAAAAUAUGCCGUGAAAUUAUUUUUUCAGUAAAACAUGUGAAUGAUGACAAUGUGAAAACUUUGUGACGAAAAGUUUUUUGAAAUUAAUUUUAAAGUGUUUUAAAAUUAGUAUUUCUUGUAGUUUAAAAUAUUUUAUCAGUACUAUUAACUGUUAAAUACAUAAAAUGGAUAAUAAGCUAUUUGUUUUUAGUAAUUUAUAAGGUUUAAGCUUAUUAAUAAAAAGUUAAGUGUAAGUGAAGUUAAAGCUUGCAACAAUAUCACCAAUUGCGACUUUGACUGGCGCUAAAGCGAACACCAUCGCUGUUGAAAGGAAACUAUAAAAGGGUUUUCGUCCAGAGCAGAACUUAGUCACUUUGGUAAACUACCCAUGUUACGAUGCUGGACGAACUACUGCCCACUCUAGCGACCAACCGAUCGACCGCUCCAGGACACGACCACAACUUCUACGUCACAUUCUACGAUGACGUCAACCACAGAUAUGUUAACGAGAGCCAUAAUACCACGGAGUCAUACCAGUCAUUCAUCCUCCCGUGGUGGCGUCAAGUGCUAUGGACGGUGCUGUUCGCCGGGAUGGUGGUGGUGGCCACCGUGGGAAACCUCGUCGUCAUCUGGAUAGUACUCGCCAAUAAGCGGAUGAGGAGCGUCACUAAUUACUUCUUGGUAAACCUGUCAGUAGCAGACGCAAUGGUGUCGACUCUCAACGUGACGUUUAACUUCACCUACAUGCUGAACUCCGACUGGCCGUUUGGGCAUUUCUACUGCAAGUUCUGUCAGUUCAUCGCCGUGCUCAGCAUAUCUGCGUCCGUGUUCACUCUGCUGGCUAUCAGUGUGGAUAGGUAUGUGGCCAUAAUGAGUCCUCUCCAGCCAAGGCUGGGUAAGAGAGCGACCCUCGGCAUCACAGCUUCCAUUUGGGUCCUGAGCUCCGUGCUCAGUACGCCUAACCUGAUCUACUUCACCACUGACAUGGAUUAUCUGCCUGAUGGGAGUAUUAGGCGGGUGUGCUUCUCCGAGUGGCCUGACGGUAUCACCACGCAGUCUCAAUUGGAAUAUUGGUACAACGUGGCCUUCAUGGUGCUAACCUACUUCUUGCCGAUCAUGUCUAUGACGUAUACGUACUCGCGGGUCGGCAUAGAGCUGUGGGGAUCCCAGUCCAUUGGGGAAUGCACGCAGAGGCAACUCGACAAUGUCAAGAGUAAACGCAGGGUAGUGAAAAUGAUGAUCGUAGUAGUGGUCAUAUUUGCCGUCUGCUGGCUGCCAUUCCACGUCUACUUCCUCGUGACGUCAUACUAUCCCGAGGUGGUGAACUACACGCACAUCCAGGAAAUAUACCUGGGCAUCUACUGGCUCGCCAUGAGUAACUCCAUGUACAAUCCCAUCAUCUACUGCUGGAUGAACUCGAAGUUCCGAAGAGGUUUCAAGCAAUUCUUCUGGUGCUGCGGUGCAUUCGGCGGCGGUGGGCUCGACAGACGCCGUGGCUUCGGAACUGAACGCUUAGACAGAUCUGUACGGUCGCUAUCACCUAGCAGGAAGAAUGGUACCAGUUUAUUCAAGACGACAAAAUUCAUCAAAAACCCACCUGGCUCUCCUCACUUGCUCCAUGCAAAUAAAAUACACAAGCACUAUCCGAAUUUCGAUGCAUAGCACUUACAACCAGACGCUGGUGAGCACGGCCUGACAGCGGAGGUGCGCGGGCGGCGCGCACGACGCGUGUGACGCGCACGCGCACGCCGCGCCGCACGCCACCGAGCGCACGUGGAUAUGACGCGAGUGUCGCGCCCCGCGCGUCACACGCACGCCACACGACCUCUACGCGUAAGCCACGCCGCGUAAUGGACGCUUCGACGUUACAAACGUUUGCAAGUAAUAAGUGUCAUAAACUUUUUAUUUGUUUAAGUGGUCUACUAGUCAUAACUGAAGAACAUAUGGAGUGUAAGAAAUGUUUUGUAUGUUUAUAAAGAUGUGGACAGGAAAUUGAAAACGCUUGCAAUUAUAUUGUUUUUUAUCUGAACUCAUAAAUGUUAGAUAUCCUAAGGUAAUCCUUUUUAUAUUUUAAUGACACUGAUCAAACUCGUGCUUAUAUGUAUGUAUUAUGAAUAUCAUCCACGUUUGUAAACGUGAUGUAAGAGAUUAUUACGUGUAACAAAGACGUUAUUUCUAUAAAUAUAAUUGGAAUUCGUUUUCUGUAAAUACUUGGGUGAUCGGAACAUUGGUGGAAUUUUGUUUACAAAAUGAUUGGUGUUAUUUUUUAAACUGUUUAAAAUAAAGAUCAUGUUGUAUAAUCGCACAAAAUGUGUAGGUGUAAGUGCGAUCCACAUUUGAUUAAGGCGAGGAAGUGGUCAACAAUAAUUCCAUAACCGGCACGCGCAUCUAAGGCGCCAAAAGGGGUCGGAGCGUCUGAGCGGGGCGAGGAUAACAAUACGCGCGCUAGCUUAUAACUAAA